AGAGAGCUAUCAGGUAAGUCAUUGCAAUCCAUUAAGGUAUUAGGUCGGAUUUCGACACUAAAAAUGGCAAACACAUCAUCACCAUUACCCCCAUUUCUCUCCUCCUCCCAACUGUUCGGUCUGUUAGCAGUUCUAGGAGCUAAACUCGGAAACAAAAGAAAAUGUGUUGUUAGAAUCCUUGGUUCAGACCCAAUCAGAGAAAAAAAGCAGAAGAAAAAAGAAAGAAAAUUUUUACCCCUCAGAAAUAAUGAGAAGAAAAAAGCCAGUCAUUGGUUCCAUUCCACCUUUUGCUUUCCGGUCAAUCUAACAGCUGCUACUUUUGUUUCUUUCCAGAAAUCUCAAAAACAAACCCACAUCAGAGGAACCCAAAAAACAGACACCCAUUUCAGCAAAUCAAUAGGAAAAAGACCCAAAACCUGAAAAGAUUGUUGUUGCUGCUUUUGGGUUUUGUAAGUUAUUUUCUCUGUGUGUGUUAUAUGGGUGGGUUAUUGUCUGCUCCUUGUUGUAGCAAUGGUGGUAGGUUUGUUUUUGAGGGUCACAUUGAUGGUACACAGAGAGCUUGAUCUGGGUUGAGAGAGAGAGAGAGAGAGAGAGAGAGAGAGAGAGUGGAGGGACAGUUGUUUAUCAAGAAGCUGUUGGGAAGGAGAAUGAGCAAAGAGCUGGGGGGCUUUGUGAAGGCGUGGGAAGCAACAGUUAGGAAAUCACAAGCAGCAGCAAAGAAAAGGACAAACAGCUUCUUCCCAACAAUGUCGGUCGCCCACGUAGACGACGACGACGACGACAUCGCCGGCUGUGAGGAUUGCACGGUGAAGGUCCUCUCCAAUGGAGACAUGUACAAUGGCCAGUGGGUUGAUAACUUCCCCCACGGCCAAGGAAAGUACUUGUGGGCAGAUGGGUGUAUGUAUGUUGGUGAAUGGUUCAGAGGCAAAACCAUGGGGAAAGGCAGGUUUAGCUGGCCCUCUGGUGCCACCUAUGAGGGUGAAUUCAAGAGUGGUUAUAUGGAUGGACAAGGGACUUAUACAGGAAUUGGGGGCACUUAUAAAGGUUCUUGGGUUAUGAAUUUGAAGCAUGGGAAAGGGACUAAGAAUUAUGCCAAUGGGGAUUACUAUGAUGGGGAGUGGCGUAGGGGAUUACAAGAUGGGCAAGGGAGGUACCAAUGGGUUAAGGGGAACCAUUACAUUGGACAAUGGAAGAAUGGGAAGAUGAAUGGCAAUGGAACAAUGAUUUGGGCUAAUGGGAAUCGAUAUGAUGGGUCUUGGGAUGAUGGUUUGCCCAAGGGAAACGGUACGUUUCGAUGGGCGGAUGGGAGUUUCUAUGUGGGUGUUUGGAGUAAGGACCCAAAAGAACAAAGUGGGAGCUAUUACCCUUCAGGAUCACAAGUAGGUAAUUUGGAUUGGGAUCCCCAGGAAAUGUUUUCGGUUGAUUUGAACGAAUGUAAGGUUUGUCCGGGGGAGAAGAUUUCUAUAUUGCCUUCACAAAAGAUGCUUAAUUGGCCUGGAAUGGAAGCUGAGUUCUUGCAAAAGCAGCCCAUAUUGAAGCAUUCGAAAGCAAAUGAUAGGCCUAGGAGAGCGUCUGUUGAUGGGAGGUUGAGCAAUGGUAGUGCAUAUGGGUGGUCACCGGAUGCUGAGAUGGCGGUGGAUGUGGUUGGUAGGUGUUCAGUGGGAGGGAGGGAGGCAGAAGAAGGUUUGGGGAAUCUUCAACUUGAUGAUAUGGAUUCGUCGACGGGGAACAGGCCACAUCAGAUGAGGAUACCGCCAGUGAGGAGACAGGGAGAGACAAUAUCUAAAGGGCAUAGGAAUUAUGAGCUUAUGCUCAAUCUGCAGCUUGGAAUUAGACAUUCCGUUGGAAGGCCAGCCCCAGCUACAUCCCUUGAUCUGAGGUCAUCUGCUUUUGAUCCAAAGGAAAAAGUAUGGACCAAAUUUCCUCCUGAAGGAUCAAAACAUACUCCACCUCACCAGUCCUGUGAAUUUAAAUGGAAAGAUUAUUGCCCGCUGGUUUUCAGGACCCUUAGGAAAUUGUUCAAGGUGGAUGCAGCUGAUUACAUGAUUUCCUUAUGUGGGAAUGAUGCCCUUCGGGAGCUCUCAUCCCCCGGAAAGAGUGGAAGCUUCUUUUACUUGACCAACGAUGACAAGUACAUGAUAAAGACCAUGAAGAAGGCAGAAUGUAAAGUUCUAAUAAGGAUGCUUCCAGGUUACUAUAAUCAUGUUAGAGCGUUUGAGAACACUCUUGUCACCAAAUUUUUCGGCCUUCACUGUGUUAAGUUAACAGGAACUGCCCAAAAGAAGGUAAGAUUUGUGAUAAUGGGGAAUCUGUUCUGUACGGAGUAUCCUAUUCACAGACGUUUUGACUUGAAAGGAUCUUCAAUUGGCCGCACAACUGAUAAACCUGAGGCUGAAAUUGACGCAACCACAACCCUUAAGGACCUUGACCUAAAUUUAAUUUUCCGACUCCAGAAGGUUUGGUUCCAAGACUUUUGCAGGCAAGUGGAUAGGGAUUGUGACUUUCUUGAACAAGAGAGGAUUAUGGACUACAGUCUUUUGGUGGGCCUUCACUUUCGAGAAACUAACCAAAACACCAGGGAAGCCCUCGUCAGUGAGGGCCGUCCUUCUGGAGUUCGAACCCCUACUGGAAUUCGCACCCCUACUGGAGUCCGCACCCCUACUGGAAAUGGAGAACCUGAUGAUGUAGCAGCUCCUCGCCUUUCAAGGGCAGACUUGGAUCAGCUUCUUUUUGACCCUGACCGGUGGUCAUCCAUCAAAUUAGGGAUAAACAUGCCAUCGCGUGCUGAACUAACAGUGAGAAGAAGCGAUAGUGAUUUUCAGUUAAUUGGAGAACCAACAGGAGAGUUCUACGAAGUCAUCCUCUUCUUCGGAAUAAUAGAUAUAUUACAGGAUUAUGAUAUUAGCAAAAAGCUUGAGCAUGCAUACAAGUCCAUCCAAUACGACCCAACUUCGAUCUCAGCCGUUGAUCCCAAACAGUAUUCAAAGCGUUUCCGGGAUUUCAUUUUCAAAGUUUUCGCCGAAGACAGUUGAAACUACAGAAUGACAUUUAUUUUCCACUUAGAGUUGGUAGGCAAUCGGCAUGGCCAUUGGAGGACAACACUGUUUUGUGCUGGGAUUAUAUGAUUCAGUAAUCUGGCUCUCCAAUAUCAUCCCCAAGUCCUAAUCACAUUGUAUUGAUAGCUAAAUGUGUGAUUUGUUUUAGGAAAGGUAAUAGAUUAGCAUCGCAUUCCGAGCUACUUAAGGCUGUUCCAAUUGUAUAGGGUGUUUAACUGGAGGGGUUAACUUGCAUUGGAAUUCUUUUUGUACCAAUCUUUUUUGCCCAGAAGGAGAGCAGUCUCUGGGAAUUUCAGCACCAGAAUAAAAUGUACAGAAGGAAAUUGAAAUGGGAAUGAAGUUCUUUUACAUUAA